AUGAAAUUUUUGUUAAUUUUGAUUUUGGCUUUAUUGUCAAAUUUAAUUGUUAUUAAUGCAAGAACCAAUAAUGAAGAAUGCACAUUUUGUGGCUUUAUUAUCAACUAUAUUGAGGGUCAAGUAGAAACAAACAAAACAGAAAAUGAAAUUUUAGGUGAAUUGGAAAAAGUUUGCUCAUUUGUACCAAAUUCUUUACAAAGUACUUGCGAUUCACUAGUUAUGGUUGAUGGUGAAGAUCUCAUCAAAAUGGUUUUUGCAAAAGAAAACUCAACGGUAAUUUGUGAACAAAUAGAUAUGUGCCCAAAGUCUUCAAACAAAUAUCAAAAUUUAAAGAAACCCAUUUCAGAUGAAGUUUAUUGUACUAUUUGUAACUUUAUAAGUGGGGAAACUGAAGAACUCCUUCAAAAAUACGACAAUGACACCCAAAUCAUGGAAAUGCUAGACAAUGAUUGUGCAAGAUAUGGCAGAUCUAGCACAAUUUGUCAAACCUUGGUUUCCCAAUACUUUCCAGUAAUAGUUUAUCUCCUUAAAGAAGGUCAACCACCACAAGCCAUUUGCAAUGAAAUUAGAUUAUGUGGCCAAUAA